AUGAGCAGUACAGUGACAACAGAAAAUAGUCCCAUACCCAUUGCCAAAAUGGUUAAUGAUUUAUUCUUACAAUGGCUUUCAUUACCAGAUACACGCACUUCUCUAUCCGCUGCAUUGAACAGUGUCCGAACCAAUAGUAAAAUGCCAGAUUUAAUCGUUUAUUCGAAAUCUUAUGCAGCACGAGGUGGUGGAUUUUCAAAAUCGCAACAUUUCGAUUCACCCCCAGUUUCACCGGUACCUCGCGCACCAUCUAGUCCACGUAUUAGUUCAUCCACUCAUUUUCCACUCAGUGAAAGCAUUCCUGGUCCAAGUGGUCUAAAUGAAGAAAAGAGACAACGUGCGCCGAAGAAAAUAUCUACCGUUUUAAAUGGUAGUCCUACUUCGAGUAUUGAUCAGCAACAAACAUCCAUAGAAAAACAGUCGAAUUCCAAACUGACGAAAUAUGAAGCAGUGCCAUCUUCUCCUUCAUCGCCAACAAAUGACAUCCAGAAUCGAUCUUCAACUAAUAAUAUAAUUACCCCAUCAAAGGACAUCCCAUCAAAGCAAUCUCAACAAACAUUAAUCCCACAACCAGCAUCAAAUGUUUCUUUGGAUCAACCCUUGAAACCGACGAAUGCCAGCGUUAGUGCUUUACGAGAAACAUUCGAUAAUAAUCGAUCGUCUGCAAAAAUUAUUCCGGCAAAAACACCAACUGAACAAAUAGCACAACCAACAUUAGCACCGCCGAAAACCACUACUCAAACAGCUGUAAAAGUUGAAGAAGGGCAAAAUUCAGUUGACAUAAUACCUAAGUUUUAUUUUCCUGAUGAACAACUAGCAGCAGUAUCAACACGAGAUGCAUUGAUCAGUACACAAUUACGAAAAGCUAAAGAUGAAUUAUUUACAACAAAAAAUGAUAAAUUACGUUCGGAAGAUUUCGGUAAACUUGCUCAGUUAAUCGACUUAAGUUUAUAUUGGAAAGCACCAUUGUUUCGUGCUUGUGCCCUAGAUGCUCUAGGAUCAAAAGCAACAAUAACACCAAAUACAACUGUGUCCUAUGCGCAGUUUGAAUCGUUUUGGAAAAAAGUAUGCAAAAAUAAUCAUGAUAAUGCAUUAAAAUUUAUUUAUAUACUGAUUCAUUCAUCUACAUCAACAUUAUCAAUGAAUCGUCAACAUUUAACUGUCGACGAUUGGGAUUAUUUCGUGCAAGAUAUCAUAGAUACACAUCCUGGCUUAAAAUUUCUCCGUGAUGCGCGUGAAUUUCAUUCAAGAUAUAUUAAGACAGUUGUUGCACGAGUCUUCUACAAUUGUAAUCGUUCAUGGUCAACGAGAUUAACCGUACAAGAAUUGAGGCGAUCGAAUUUUUUACAGACUCUCGAUCGACUUCAAGAAGAAGAGGAUAUUAACCGUAUACAUGAUUAUUUUUCGUACGAACAUUUCUAUGUUAUUUAUUGUAAAUUUUGGGAUAUUGAUACCGAUCAUGAUCUAUUGAUUAACAGGGAUGAUUUAGCCAAGCAUAAUGGUGGAGCAAUUUCAAAUAAAAUGAUUGAUCGAAUUUUUUCGGGUGCUGUAUCGAACAGUCCAAAUAUGAAAGAGGGGAAAAUGUCCUAUUAUGAAUUUGUAUGGUUUCUUAUUUCUGAAGAAGAUAAAUGUUCACCAACCAGUAUUGAAUAUUGGUUUCGUUGUAUGGAUAUAGAUGGAGACGGUAUUUUGUCUAUGUAUGAAUUAGAGUAUUUCUAUCAAGAACAAGUACAUAAAAUGGAAAUCUACGGUAUUGAAUAUAUGCCAUUUGAAGAUUGUAUAUGUCAAAUGCUUGAUUUGGUUAAGCCUGAAGACGAAAAUAAAAUACGUUUAAAAGAUUUAAAACGAUGCAAAUUAACGAAUAUUUUUUUUGAUACAUUUUUCAAUCUCGAAAAAUAUUUAGUUAAUGAGCAAAAAGAUCCAUUUUCAAAUUUGAAAGAUCCCGAUACGCCUGAAGUAUCUGAUUGGGUUAAAUAUGCUGAAACGGAAUAUGAUAAUUUAACACAUGAAGACGGAGGCAAUGACGAUCCUGACGAUGGAAAUUAUGAUGAAGAUUUUGAAGAUGAUGAUGAUGGAGCUGAAGACUCAAAAGAUAGAAAACCGGCUGGUAGUACGGGUUCGGCUUCAAAUAAUAAAAGUGAUGAUUUGUAA